AUGUUCUUCUAUUUAACUACUUUAAGCCUUCAAAAGUUUAUUAAAGAGGUCGUUCCGGUUCUGCCGGAAUCAACACCUGAGAAUGAACGUUUUGUUGUAACUGAGGCUUGGAAGCACUCAGAUUUUCUGUGCAAGAAUUAUAUUCUUAGCGGACUAGAGGAUGAUCUUUACAACGUCUAUAGUAAUGUGGAAACUUUAAAAGAACUACGGGAUGCGUUGGAAAAUAAAUAUAAAACUGAGGAUGCCGGACUGAAGAAUUUUAUCGCUACCAAGUUUCUGGACUACAAAAUGGUAGACGACAAGUCUGUUGUUACUCAAGUCCAAGAGUUGCAAGUUAUCAUCCAUGAUCUGCUCGCUGAAGGUAUAAGUCUAAUUAAUACUUUUGUCGAAAGUAUUCAGUGUGCCAUUACUUACAUAUUGUUUGAUGUAGGUUUGGUGAUUAGUGGGGCGUUUCAAGUUGCGGCAGUGAUAGAGAAGUUGCCUCCUUCAUGGAAGGACUUCAAAAAUUUCUUGAAACACAAGCGAAAGGAGAUGACACUGGAAGAUCUCAUCGUCCGGUUGAGAAUCGAGGAAGAUAACAAGGCAGCGAAGAAGAAGGCUAAUGGGAGAUCAACCAUAAGGGGAGCACAUAUUGUUGAAACUGCCCCCAACGAAUCUGAAAAAGAGGAAAAAGGCAUCAAGACCAAGGAAUUAUCCUAA